CCUGCUCUGACUCCUCUUCUCUUUCUUUCAAACUGACCUUUCAAACUGCAGCUCCGGACAGACAGAUAAGUCCGUGCGUAAGGGAGGCAGAGAGGCGCUGCUGCUUUUUCAAACCGGUCGGUAAAAGUAUGGCCAAACAGUUCGGUGACGGCAGAACAGCCAAUGAACAUAAAUGGUGCGUCGUGACGCAACAGGGCCCCGUUGAUAAGGAGCGGAGGGUCCAACCGGGACCUGAGAAGGAGGAACGGCAGUUUUGGAGGGCCAGCAAACACUCGCCUAUCAUCAGUCAACGUAGAGCCAACUCCUCCUCUUCUGCUGUUACGCACAUGUAUGCAGCCUACUUGGCAAAAGACAAACAUUAACCAAACAGACUACUGUAAAGGAAAACUGCUUCUCCCAGACGACCAGCGGGAUUCUAUAAAGCAAAGACUGUGUGCUGCUAUGUUUUCUCAUUUUCUCUUAAAAGCAAAAGUAAUUUGAGCGACAUUAAUCCGCUGCAGUAAGCACCAACUUGGACUGUUGAACCUGGAGGAGAGGAGGAAGCUCCCUGUCAGCUUUUUUGGACAUAUCUUUUUUUGUUAUUUCUGACUGAUGCAUUAGAAGGCUGCUACCCGGUGUUGGCAGUGCCAGUUGCAUAGAGUUACUUAUUGUUCUGCAGAAAAGGGGGAGACAUUUGCCAAUGCCUUGCAGACAGUCGAAAUCCUGAAAUAUUACUCCCGGCGAGGAGGAGGCAUCGGUGCUGAGACCCAUGCAGCGGAGGCUUCCAUAGUUGGUAUGUUUAUUCAUCGUAAAUGGAAAAGAAUAUCUAGAAAGAGAGAUUGGUAGUUAAAAAGAAAUAACACCAUACCUGAGAGAAAAUUGAUUCCAGUAAAAGAAGCGAAAUCUGUGCGGUUAUUUAUGAAUUAAUCAUAGCUUAUUAAUAAUGAGAGCUGCAGAGAUUCGGAUGAUGGUUUCCAUUGGCAGAUGAGACGUAGUGUGGAGAACACGUGUCCAAUUUUCCCUCAUAUUUUUUCCUCCCUGAUCUGGAUUUCUCACUUGUCACGGCAAGAAAGGAAACCCUUCAAAAAAGCGAGAAUUUCAAGUGGCAUUAUUGAGCUGGGUUUUGCCUCUGAUGGACAUCUUGGCUUGCAAACCCGAAGAGAACAGUUAUAAUAUCCUCCCCUCUGCGGCAACGAUGCUUUUCCAUGGCCUCCCUGGAGGCGACGUACACGGUGUGGUGGAAGAAAUGGACCGGAGAGGAAAGAGCGAGUCAGCAGCCAUCAGCUCGGCCAUCGAUAUGGGGGAAUCAGAGACGUCCAUGCCGUGUAUGAACAGCGAACGCGUGGCUCUGUGCGCGGGCUGCGGCAGGAAGAUCGCGGACCGCUAUUACCUGCUGGCAGUGGACAAACAGUGGCACAUGCGCUGCCUCAAGUGCUGCGAGUGCAAACUCAACCUGGAGUCUGAGCUCACCUGCUUCAGCAAGGACGGCAGCAUCUACUGCAAGGAGGACUACUAUAGAUUUUCGGUGCAGAGAUGCGCUCGGUGCCACCUGGGGAUCUCUGCCUCGGAGAUGGUGAUGAGGGCCAGAGACCUGGUCUACCACCUCAACUGCUUCACGUGCACCACCUGCAGCAAGAUGCUCACAACUGGGGACCACUUUGGCAUGAAGGACAGUCUAGUGUACUGUCGGCUGCACUUUGAGACUCUCAUCCAGGGAGAAUAUCAGACACAUUUUAACCACGCGGACGUUGUCCCACACAAAGGCCUGGGCCCGGCCAACACGCUCGGACUAUCCUACUUCAAUGGCGUGGGGACAGUGCAGAAAGGCCGGCCCAGGAAGAGGAAAAGCCCCGGGCCGGGCGCCGAGCUGGCCGCUUAUAAUGCAGCGCUGAGCUGUAACGAGAACGAUGGCGAGUCCAUGGAUCGGGACUCUCAGUACAGCUCCAGUCAGAAGACCAAGCGCAUGCGGACAUCCUUCAAGCACCACCAGCUGAGGACCAUGAAGUCCUACUUUGCCAUCAACCACAACCCAGACGCCAAGGACCUCAAGCAGCUUGCCCAGAAGACUGGCCUGACCAAGCGGGUCUUACAGGUCUGGUUUCAAAACGCUCGGGCCAAGUUCAGGAGGAACCUGCUGCGGCAGGAGAGCACUGGGGUGGACAAGGCAUCCGAUGGCUCCACACUGCAGGGUGGGACGCCAUCAGGCCCGGCCUCGGAAAUCUCCAACGCCUCAAUGAGCCCCUCCAGCACCCCCACCACCCUGACAGACUUGACCAACCCCACCAUGCCCACUGUCACCUCCGUACUCACUUCGGUGCCGGGCGGCAUGGACGUCCACGAGUGCAGGAGUCCGUCACAGACCACACUGACCAGCCUGUUCUGAUGGACAGAGUCCUUCACCACAGCCUCAGCCCUACCCUGUCCCCUCUCACCUCUGCUCCACCUCACUGGAUCUAAAACUGAGCACUGUUGACUCCUUCAAACAUUAAACGGAUUAGGAAAGAAAAGGUAACAGAAACAUUAAAAAAAAAAAAAAAAAAAAAAAAAGAUUUCAUUUUGCUCUGAGCCCAUUAGAGACUAUUUGCAUAGUGAGGCGGCCAAGCCUUACAGAUGGAACAGUUGUUGUUAUUUUGAUGUUGUUGUCUUGUUGAGAACUGAGGAGACUUGAUUUGCAUUUUUCAAUGUUUACAGAGAGAGACUGCGGGAAAAAGAAUCUGCUUAAUUUUUAAUUAAUUCAUUUUUUUCCAGCACAGUAUUUAUGUUGUUGUACAAGAGUCACUGUUAGAGGGAUUGUAAAAAAAAAAAAUCUUUUUUUUGAAAUUCUGAGAUUAAACACAGGUUACAAUAUCCUACGACUGCCAUGUGCCUUACAGUCCAUUUUAUCCCAACUGCUGUUCUCAGUAGUCGGCCACAAUCUGACACCAACAAUUUAUACCUCUUUUGCUUGUGCGUGUGUGUGUUAUGCUUAGUUUCCUUUUGUGUUUGUGUAUUUUAUGCACAGUGAUAUACAUUCUGCUGUGCUUUGAUUUCAAAUGUUACAUUUCAUGAUUCAACCUGAGUUAGAACAAACUUACUAUCCUCCUCAUCAUGCUUUUACCUACUAGAAUCCUCUGUCUUACGUUGUCAAAAAGAGAAUUUAAAGAGAGCUCAGACCUGCUGUAUAUGAGGACACAAUGGGCCUCAUACAGCAACAUUCUCUUAAAUUUCUUCCAUAUCUCCACCUUAUUUCUGUUCUGACAAAAAAUAAGAGACAUCAACUCUAGAUGCACCAAACAUUCUUAACCAUCCAAAUGUGCUCUUACCCAGGUGUGCUGAAUGAUGAUCAUAAGAAACUUUAAAUUAUUACUGGCAACAUCCCCAUAACACUAUAUAAGGAAAGGUGUUGUGUCAUGUGCAAAGACUCUGGCACAUGAAUUAGAGAGAUGCCACCGAAAAAGGCUGUAAAAUGAAAAAGAAUUUGUGCAGGAGUGAAAUUGACAUACUGUUAAAUUAACUUAAAUAAAGUAAAUGUCACUGGUACUGGUGUUACUGGAAAAUCACAAUCCCAGCAAUGGCAAAACAUUUGCUGUGUCAGCAGAAGUGGUGAAGGAAGUAUUCAGCUCCUUUACUUAAGUACAAGUACUAAUACCACACUGUAAAUAUACUUUAUUACUGGUAAAAGUCCUGUAUUAAUGUACGGUCAGGGAAA